AUGGUAAAGACCUUUAGACUUUCGGGCCAGAGAGUGCAGGAGAGUCUACUUUGCACUUGGAGCGUGUGCAAUCGACAGCGGCUGAUCGACAGCAUCACGAGCAUGGGGAGGCCGUCUUCCACGGAGAAGCUGGUGUGCGUGGCCCUGGCGGCGCUGGCCGUGCUGUCGCCGCUGUACAUGGACCGGGAGUUGGAGGCGGAGGAGGAGGAGGAGGAGGAGGGAUGGGGCCUGUUGUUGCCGUCGGCGCUGUGGCUGCCGGCGCUGCUGGUGGUGCUCAUCCUGGCCAUCAACGUGGCGUGCUUCGUCGACCGGAGGGUCGUCAGGUUCGACCCCUACUGGAUCCACCGCGUCGGGGGCUCCUCCUGCGGCCUCAUGGCCACGCUGCUGCUGCUCGGCUUCGUCCUCAAGUGCAAGGCCUCCUUCUAG